AGAACGAUCGAAGAAGAGUCAUUAUUGGCUUUUGACUGGUCUCCCUUUUAGCCUACGACCCAGAUCUGAAACUUCAAUCGUGGUUUUGAUCUCCUUCCGCGUCGAUUCAGCUCAACGACGGCUCAAGGAGAUGGGAAAAGAACUCAUUACUAGUUAUACAAGCACCGCUGCAAUCCAUGAGGCCCCAAAAGAAAGAACUGAAGAAGCGCCCAAACAAGAUGAAGCUGGAAAACUGCUCAAGGAGUUGGCCAAAAAAAAAUUUCCGCGCCCAGGGAAAGGAACUGAACAAGUAGAGCUCCCACAAAACAAAACAAGUGAGGCUGCAAAUCCCAAUGGAACCAACAAGGGGCUCGCGAGCAUUCUUAGGAAUCUAGUUAACGCCAUAGGUGGCCACCAUGUUGGGGUUUUCGGCUGCAACAACGGUGCUCAAGGGACACGCUGCAACAUCGAAGACAAUAAGAUUGAAUCAAAAGACAGCCACCAUGUUGGGGUUUUCGAUUGUGGCAACGAGUACAAAAAGCCAAAUUAUUUCGACAUUUCUCAUCUGAUCAUUGUGUGCUUGGUGUUGCUCUGCUUCGCUAUGUAUAAAUAUUAAUUGUGGUUGUGUUGACGUGUAUUGUUAUUUGGUUGUUUUGGUUGGGUGGAAUGUCUCCUGCUAUGAGUGACUUA